GGACGGUUAAUUGAGAAAAUGGAUGUGUCUUCUCACAAACACCCAGUCAAAAAACAAGUGAAAAUCAAUUCCAACACAGUAACAGUGAAGUGUACUUCCCAUUAUCCCCAGCCAAAAGAGGGGGAUGAGGAUGGCAAUGAAGAUACUGGAAUAUUUAUGGAGGAGAAUCCUAAGAAAAUAUUACUGCGUGAUGGCAGAAAGAGAGAAAGGACCUUUGUUGGAACAAUAGACAUCCAGCUUCAGCCAACACAACUGCCAAAACAUGAGACUGGGCAAUUCCCAAAUCUUCCUCAAGGAAGCAUCCUGCAGUCAAGAAAAACUUUGGUGGUUCUUUUUGGAUCUGCGGUGGCUCAUGGAUGUGUAGCUCUGAUAACAAGAUUAAUUUCUGAUUGUUCCAAAGUGCCAUCCCUUGAGUUGAUUUUGAUCCAUUCAGGGUUACAGGUGCUGUUGGUUGUGUGUUACUACCAUGAGCCUCCCUUGGGCCCCGAAGGGUACAGACUGCAGCUCUACGGCAUCUGCAAUGUUAUCUCCAUUACCUGCGCCUAUACUGCCUUCUCUAUAGUGCCCCCCAGCAUUGGGACCAUCACGUGGAGGGCUAUCCCAACAGCGUUCAAUGCCAUUUUGGCUUUUUUACUCCUAGGUGAAGGAAUGGCUCAGACAGACAUAAUUACUGUACUUGGCAGCGCGUUUGGUGUGUGUCUAGUCAUGACUCCCAACAUUGUGAGUGAGGAAGACUCUUUGCUGGGCACAUGGAAGGAGGCUUUUGGCUACACCAUGACCGUGAUGGCAGGUUUGACCGCUGCUCUCUCCAUGAUCGUCUACAGGCCAGUCAAAGCUAAUGUCAGCAUGUGGACAGCGCUGUUCACCUUUAGCUGGACAGGAACCGUGUGGGGAGCAUCCACCAUGUUUUUCCUUCAAGAGCCAAUUGUCCCACUGGAUGGAGAAACCUGGAGCUAUCUCCUUGCCCUCUGCCUGUGCUCCACAGCAGCUUUCCUAGGGGUCUACUAUGCCCUGAGCAAGUUCCACCCCACUCUGGUCAGCACCGUGCAGCACUUGGAGAUAGUCCUUGCCAUGGUCCUGCAGCUCCUCUUGCUGCAAAUCUUUUCAGGUGCUUACAAGGUUCUUGGUGGAGCAGUUAUUUUGGUUAGUGUUUUUUCCCUCGUGUGCUGUAAAUUGUCAUGGAAGAAUUUAGGAAGACAGGAUUAUCAAGAGAUUGUGGAUUCUUCCAUUAAAUGAAUUCCAGCUUUGCUGUUCGAUCCUGGUAUCUGGCUGAUAGAGCAGUAUUUC